AAACAAAACAAAACCCGGGCGUGCCUUGUAAGAGGGCGGCCGGGUUUGCGCAGGCGCAGCGUGGCCGCGGGUGGGCGGAACUGGUCGGGAUGAGUGGCGGAGGGACAGAGACCCCUGUGGGUUGUGAGGCCGCCCCGGGCGGUGGCAGCAAGAAGAGGGACUCCCUGGGGACUGCGGGCUCAGCGCACCUCAUUAUCAAGGAUCUUGGAGAAAUUCAUUCAAGGCUUUUGGAUCACAGACCAGUUAUUCAAGGUGAAACUCGUUAUUUUGUAAAAGAAUUUGAAGAAAAACGUGGUCUUCGAGAAAUGCGAGUUCUUGAAAAUUUGAAGAACAUGAUCCAUGAAACAAAUGAACAUACUCUUCCCAAAUGUAGAGACACAAUGCGGGACAGCCUCAGCCAGGUUCUCCAGAGAUUGCAAGCAGCUAAUGACUCAGUCUGUAGACUCCAACAGAGGGAACAGGAACGAAAAAAGAUUCAUAGUGACCACUUAGUAGCUAGUGAGAAACAGCAUAUGCUCCAGUGGGACAACUUCAUGAAGGAGCAACCCAACAAAAGGGCUGAAGUGGAUGAAGAGCACAGAAAAGCCAUGGAGAGGCUUAAAGAACAAUAUGCUGAGAUGGAGAAGGACCUAGCGAAAUUUUCAACCUUUUAAGAACUUGAACCACAACAAUCACAAACUAAUGAGAAGAUGUUCACCUCUCUCCUGAAAACUAUUCCCACCAGACCAUUUAGCCUCUGCUUCAAGCUUAGCAAUAUAUUCAGUGGCACUCUUAUAUCAGAAGAAAGAAGUUUCUACUGGCAUUCUGAUUGGAUGUUUAAAGAAGGGUGCCACAUUUUUCCAGCUUUAAGUGCCUAUGUAUGAUUAUUUGAAUGAAGAGGAGUAGGAAGGAAAAUUGAAUCAAUAUACUCUUUGUUAGUCAGAAUUGAUCAUCUUUUCCAUUGAUUAGCUCAGAGAACUGUAGGUAUAGACUUCUUAGAAAGAUAAUUUCAUUCAUUUCUAUACAGGGUUAACAAUAGUUUAUUAUUGUGGCUUAAUGGGAAGGUAUAGAAGCUACCUGACAUAGCCUCCUUGGCUGUUGGAAGGAUGUAUAAAGUGUUACUGCAUGAGUAAUGUAGACAAAAAAAAAAAAAGCCAGCUGUCCUUGGAGCAGAGAUCACAUUUCAGAGAGGUGAGAGUGAACACAUUGUCUCUGCUGUGGCAAAGAUGGCCACGCUGGUGUUUGAGCUGCCUCUUGGGAAGGGUUGCAUAUUUUACAGUGCAGCAUAAUGCCAUGGGCUUCCGUGGAUGGGAAGACACAUGUUAAGUUUUGUGGCCUUCCAGCACUUACUAUUUUCAGCUUUUAAAGCAUGCUUAGAAGGAAAAGCUUACCAAAAAUAUAUUUUGACAUUUAGUUUUUCCAAGAGCUAUAAUCUUGCCCAUAGUAUUUACCUCAUUUUUGUGUCUGUUUUGCUGUGGGUAAGCUUUAUAAGAUAAAUAAUGUCUAUACAUGUUUCGACUGUUUAAUGAGUAAUCAACAAAAUCUGCCAGAGAGUCCCUCUGGAACCAUAUAAAGUUCCUGGCUUUGAAUGAACCAGAAGUGUUUGCCCACAUAGCAAAUGGUCCAUGUUAAAUGUAAAUCCUUUUUAGUGUUAAUGUCUGUUCUCAUAAGCAGGUAUAUUAUGAUGAAACAUGUACCAGUUCUGUCAUCACUGUGAUCUUUAAAAACCUGCAUUUAACAGUCUAAUUUGAGGCUGGGUGCAGUGGCUCACACCUGUAAUCUCAACACUUUGGGAGGCCGAGGCAGGCGGAUCAUUUGAAGUCAGGAGUUCAAGCCUAGCCUGGCCAACAUGGUGAAACCUCGUCUCUACUAAAAAUACAAAAAUUAGCCCGGCAUAUUGGUGCACGCUUGUAAUCCCAGCUACUCAGGAGUCUGAGGCACGAGAAUCACCUGAACUCAGGAGGCGGAGGUUGCAGUGAGCUGAGGUGGCACCACUGCACUCCAGCUUGGGUGACAGAGUGAGACUCCAUCUCAACAACAAAAAAAUCUAACUGAAGAACUAAGUUGAUUUUUUAUUUGCCAUAAACCAAGCAAAAGUAAAUGCAAUAAUUUCGAGAUUUAUAGUAAACAAAUUUGAGGUAUGGAUAAAUCUUUCACAUAUUUUUUAUUGCUCUUUAGUAAAGAAAGGCACAAGAAAGAAAAUAUCCAGCUCUCUUGUGUUAUCUCAGUGUGGCGACUGCAGAAAAUUGACAAUGCCUGCCUGUGUAAAUGUAUGGCUUACUGUCAAAGCUUCAUUCUUGGCUGCAUGUUGAAAAUGUGAUUAAAGUUAAUAGAGGAGAUGAAAUAAGUAUUUGAGAUUUUUUUCAAUAACACUGAACUUCUGCCAGCUUUCUCUAUCCGCUACUGUAGGCUUGACAGGCUCAUCAAUCAUUUGCUGGUACCUGGACUAAAAAGCGCACUUGCUGACACCAAGGCAUGUUGGAAUUUUCUUAAUUCAGUGGAUGGAAAAAGAAAUACUUCCAAAAAUAUCCCACACAUGAAAAGGGAGGGGAGCCUUAAAUGAAAAUUCCCUUUGUACCGUAGACACUUUUUGGAAUGCGAUUAAUUGCCAACACAUCAUUGAACGAAUGCUGUAACCAAGAAGUUAAGAUUGUGUGUGUGAAGGGAAUAUAUUCUUAACUGUGGCUACCCAACUUGUAUAGCAAAGAUUUCUGAUAGUUUGUGUUCAUCUCAUGUGAAUAAUAAAUACUUUACCCUA